GCGUGUCGGGGCGGCAGCGGUUCGGGGAGGAGUCUGCCGCAGAAGGAAAAUGUCCGCGGUGCCUGACGGGAAGAAGCUGGUCCGCAGCCCCAGCGGCCUCCGCAUGAUCCCGGAGAACGGAGCCUUCAGCUGCCCGUUCUCCCUGGACGAGCCGCGCUGGGUCCCCGACAGAGAGUGUCCGAGAUGUAUGCAGUGUGACACCAAGUUCGACUUCAUCAGAAGAAAGCACCACUGUCGGCGCUGCGGCCGCUGCUUCUGUGACAAGUGCUGCAGUAAGAAGGUGGUGCUGCCCCGCAUGUGUUUCGUGGACCCGGUGCGACAGUGCGCCGAGUGCGGCCUGGUGUCGCAGAAAGAGAUGGAGUUCUUCGACAAGCAGCUCAAAGUUCUCCUGGGAGGCGGCACUUUCCUCGUGACUCUGGGAACGUCAGAGAAGUCUGAGACGAUGACGUGUCGCCUCUCCAACAACCACAGGUAUCUGUUCCUCGACGGUGAAAGCCACUUCGAGGUGGAGUUGUCUCGGAUGUCCAGCAUGCAGAUCCUGACGGACGGGACGAGUCCAGGAGAGAAUGACAUUCACACUUACACCAGUCUGCUGGACAGUCACUGUGUAUCUGAAGGAGGGACGUCACGGGCCAGUGGCAUGUUGCUCCAUUACAAGCCGAUGGGUUCUCAGGACGCCCAGCAGCUCCGCAUGGAGGCAGCGGACGACAAGAAGGUGGCCUCACUGUGGUUGGCUGCAAUGCACAAGGCGGCCAAACUGCUGUAUGAAGCUCGGGACCAGUGACGUGCAGAGCGGCUGCAGGUCCGACCCUCCAGGCAGCACACACCCAAGUGUUUUGUCCCCGUCUCACCGGGGGUUCGGUAUCUUUUGGAUUUUUAUUAACGCCGGUUCUGAUUCUGCUUCUCCGCCUGCUCCUCGUCGGUUCUUGAUUCUUAUCAAUGCUAAUUUUUUCAAACAAAGAAAUGUUUAUAGAGAAAAACAAACUUUAUUACCUCUUUAACCAGUACGUCAUGUUUACCACACGUAGGCUGAUUGUUCUUUAUUUUGCAUUUUGCUUUAUGAUUUCUGAUUUUGUGCUGCCGCCUGUCUUUGCCAGGUCUCCCUUGGACUUUCCUGGUUAAAUUCAAAUGAAGUACAUGAAUCAGGGGAAGCAGCAUCAACGUUGAUACAUAGAGGUGUAGCGGCUACAGGAUUCUGUCUCACUUGUUCGUCACAGUUGGUUUUUUUCCGUCUGUGACGUUAUUAUUUCAUUAUCCAUUUUUCACAACGUCAGAAAGUUGUUUCUUGACGACACAAUAACUUUAUACGCUGCUUUUAAUUAUCUCUGUGUGUGUGUGAGGGAGGAUUUUAUUUCCCGGUAGAAGUGAUGAGACACUUUGUGGAUCCCCGUGGGGACGUUUUUGGGUUGUUUUUAUUUUCACGGACCUUCAGCAGAGCCCAGAUCUUCCAGAUUAAACGGUGUCGCUCAGAGGUUGAAGGACAGAUCCACAUUAAAUCCCUUUAAUGAGGAGAGAAGAGAAGCCAAGUGUGAUUUACUUUGAAAAUAUUUCACUCGGCAGCUGCGGACAGAAAAAGAGCGAAUCAUUCACUUGUAUUCACGUGGCCUGAAUGAUCAUGUAGCUCUGUCGCUGCUGGAUGUGGAGACAGGAACUCUUGAAAGAAAGGCAUUCUGGGAAAUCCUCUUAACGGAAGCAGAAGCAGGAAGAGGAAACUUUCAGAAUAAUCCCUGUGAUGCAAAGAACAUCACAGAUUAAUUCACUUUCUGUAAAAAACACAACGUCAGGCGGUGGAUCUUUCCUUUAAUCGUCCGACAGUUGAGACAGCUGAGUUUUAGAUUUAGAUAAUUAAAGCGUUCAGGUGACUCGUUAACGUUUCCAGUAUCUUUUCUCUCUGCUACAAGUAUUUACACAUUAAGCUCUAGAGGAAGCGACAGAUUCUUCACUGGUUCUGGUGAAGAAUAAACACAGUAAAUGCUUUAAAUGUAGUUUCAUGUAUCGGAAGUUUUGUACGAGCUAUUUUGUUUAAUAUUCCUACUUUAACACACGUUGUGUUCGUACUUGUGUAAUUUUUUAAUCUGAAGUAUGACGAUAGUUUUGUAACACUUGUACACGCCUCUUCCUUUUCUCCUUUUCAUUUUUUGUCCUCAUCAUCGUAAAGAGCCACAACCAGGACGUCAAAUCGCCGGCGUCCAUCGACCGGUCACGCGUGGUUGAGUAGGAAGGUUUGUGAGUUUGACGGGUUGUUAGUUGUGCUUCCGAGGAAUAUUAAAAACACGAACCUAGUGUUGGCGAGAUGGUGAAAGUGUGAAUUAAAUUUUAGCCACAGCAAGAAGGAGAUUCAUUUUGUGCUGCAGCUAAAAAAAAAAAAGCCAUUUUCAGAAACUGAAGAAAAAACAUUUUAUCUUUAACAUGAAGUCAAUUUGUGGAUUUAAUAGAUUCAUUCAAGAUGAUGCAAGAUUGUAAAUUAAGCUCAAGUGUUGGGACACGAAAAACUCAACUCCGUUUUUGGCUCACGAGAUUUUAUUGACCUCCGUUCUGUUAAACUUUAUUGAAAGUGAACAUGAUGAAACAAACUCCAUCUGCAGAGGGAGACCAUUGAGUUUAAUUCACAACCGUACAUCUGAUCUAACACCUGAGUGACAAAUUAUAAAUGUACAGUUUAGCUUCAGUCGCUGACUCUUGGUGCUUUAUUUAGCCGCGAUCACUUAGCGCCACUGACGUUUUUGAAAAUCCUGCCUGCACCUGUGUGUCUUCCCUUCCCGUCGCAGACCGGUUUGUCGGCCUUCGUGUCACACAGAGUGAAAACUGCUUCCUCCUCCUCCACUUUGUUACGUAAAGUUUAUUUUUAUAUGCUGCUCACCUAAGAAUUGAAGUCACGAGUUGUCGUUUGGUUCGAGGCUCCAGAUCGAAGAUGGAGAAGAUGGUGAGGUUUCGAGUGAAUAGUCGGGGUUUGAUGAUGUUUAUCCAGUUGUGUAGGUUUGUUCAACACAGUUAACGUCUAAAGAUUCUCCUCCAUCGUACUUCUGUCUGUUUGUGGAGAUGAGUGUGAGGGCUGCACAGUUAUGAGAAGUUCUAAUAAUUAUAAAAAUAAUUUGAAUUUAGUUGAAACCUGAAAUUGUUGCUUCUUUUUUCUUCAAAAUGUCAAAAAGUUUUAUAAGAAAUAACAUUCCUAAAGCAAAGUUGGAUCAUAUGGGAUUAACUGUGCAGCCCCUCUGUUAUCUUCACAGUCUCUGUUUGCACCUGUAAAAUCACCAAGUUAGUAUUUGUACCCAUGACUCUGUGACUGCCACCCUGUUCUCUGCCCUUUUCAUCCCCCGUCUUGUUUUAUUAUUCUGAAAAUGCUUCACUUCACCUUUCGUUGGAUUAUUCUGUUGAGAAUAAAAUGAAGUGUUUAUAUA